AUGACAACACAGAGAAAGUACUUAGUAAAGGACUUCAACCACUUCAUCACCUGUUAUGUCUGUAAAGGUUAUCUCAUCAAACCCACAACAGUGACAGAGUGCCUCCAUACCUUUUGUAAAAGCUGCAUUGUUCAACAUUUUGAAGAUAGCAACGACUGUCCUAAAUGUGGCAUACAAGUUCAUGAGACAAAUCCCUUGGAAAUGCUGAGAUUGGACAAUACUUUGGAAGAAAUCAUAUUCAAACUUGUGCCUGGAUUGAGAGAAAAGGAACAGCAACAGGAGAAUGAGUUCUGGAAGAGAAACAGAUCAAAAGAAAAUGGGGAAGAAGAUGGGCCUACGUCCAAGAAGGCCAGAAUGGAUGAUGUAGAGGAUAAUGGUGGUGAUGGAGACUACCACAGGAGUGACCCACAGAUAGCCAUCUGCCUAGACUGCCUACGUAAUAAUGGCCAGAUGGGAGAGAACAUCGUAAAGGGCUUAAUGAAGAAAUUUAUUCGCUGCUCAACACGAGUCACUGUUGGAACAAUCAAGAAGUUUCUCAGUCUAAAGCUGAAGCUUCCAAGUUCUUAUGAGUUAGAUGUUCUAUGCAACGGUGAGAUCAUGGGCAAAGACCACACCAUGGAGUUCAUCUACAUGACAAGAUGGAGGCUUCGUGGAGAAAAUGCCUACCCAAUGGUACUAGAAUAUCGACCACGGAUCGACUUUGGUUAAAAGAAGAGAGAUGUGCCCUGUGACUCCUGCACUAAUUUCAG